CAAAUUUCUCCAAAUUGGCAGCAGUAGCAUGGGAUGGUACGACGGCGGCGACGAGCUGCUGGAGGAGGAGCGCAGCGUACGUCUCGGUGAGAAUGCGCUAGUCGCGGGCAUUGCGUUCUCGCUGUUCUGGGCCAACUUCGGGCUGUCUUGGUAUCUGUCCAAUCGCCGUAUACCCGAGUUCUCGGCCUUCACCUCAGCACAAAAGGCCGACUGGUGUUCCAGAGUAAAUUCGACAAUCCACGCAAUUCUGGUGGUCAUUGGCGUCGCGUACGCACUGGCGGAUAUCAGCUGGUCGAACGAGUUCCUGCCCAUGUCGUCUCUUCGGGCAGCGAGCUUCAUCUUUUCGAUUGCGAUUGGAUAUUUCUUGUGCGACCUGAUCAUUAUUAUUAUUUGGCCGGUACCGAUGCAAUGGGUCUUUAUCAUCCACCACAUCGUCGCUGUAGUCCCAUACUUCAUCAACAAUUUCAUAUCAUGUUGUGCUGCAUGUCAAUUCGGGCUACUGCUGUUUCUGUUGGUUGAGCUUGCGACGCUGCCGCUUAAUGCACGAGGUUUCAUGGAUGCCCGGGACAGGCAGGACAGGAAGAACUACAUGCGCUCCAUCUACUCAACGUACAUCAUAUGGGCCAUCUCCCGAACAGCGUUGCCGAUCUUCGUCAUGUACGACCUCUGGGCGUACGCUUACCCAUCGGACCGCAAUCACGACACUUGUUUCUUCCCUAAUCUAAUUAGUGCCCACCUCAUCGCGGUGUUCUGCGUCGGUGUCUUCUUCUUCGUGCACACACCUGAGAUGAUCCGAAUCAGACGCGAACAUCGACAAGCGAACGGAGCUGCUGACUCGUCGGGAGAGGUCGCAAUCAGCACGGAUGACGCCGAUAUGAUCGAGUCUGAAGUCGACGACACGCCCAGUUCCAAGGCCAAGAAGCCCAGUAGCAUUCGCAGCCUUACUCUUUCACUGUCUAGACCCAAGGAGCCCAUCACAGACGACUCCUAUGACGAUAUCGAGCUCGGUGUCAUGCCCCGAAGUGCUCGUGGUCGAGGCUCGACUCGAGUGUCCUAA